AUUCGUCUGAGCCAAUCUGUUAUAAACCUAUGAUCGGCAGUUCACCUUCAGGCUGCAUGCAGGAUAGAGGACGGGAGCCUCGUGUCUUCAAUUCUAAAUAUAUUCCCCCACCAGCAAGCUCGCUUUCUGCAUAUUUCCCCUCAGUCAACAAGUCCCCGACAAAUCUCCAACAGCUACGAUGCCAGGAAAAAAAUGGAAAGAAAGGAAAAAUACUAUGAAAGAUGGUGAUGUGAUACUGAAGGACAGGAGGCCCAAUGAUAUAAUUAUACCCGUAAUGGGGCCAACUGGGGUCGGGAAAAGCACCUUCAUCAAUACUGCAUGCGGAAAGGAAGUGACCGCUGUUGGUCAUGACUUGAAGUCAUGUACCGCUAGCAUCCAACACGCAAUCUGUGAAUGUCCUAGCGACCCCUCCCGCCGUGUAAUUCUCGUCGACACACCCGGUUUUGAUGAUACAUACGUAGAUGACUCGGAAAUCUUGAGGCGCAUCGCUGUUUGGCUGGCAAGUUCGUACGGCGACAAUAUGAAGCUGUCCGGUAUCCUCUACUUUCAUGAUAUCAGCCAAACGCGGAUGUUUGGGACUUCGCGCAAAAAUCUUGACAUGUUUCGAAGGUUGUGCGGUAAAGAUGCCGAGAAGAACGUCGUUCUUGUGACCACAAAAUGGAGUGAAGUCCAAGAGGAGGUGGGAAAAAGGCGUGAGCAACAGUUGAAGAGUAGCUUCUGGCAGGAAAUGAUUCAACAUGGGUCACAAGUCGCUCGAUUCCACGAGCCAAAUCUACCUGAAUCUGCUUGGGAUGUCUUGGAGCCCAUUCUUGCAAAUAGGGCAGAAGCUGUCGCCGUCCGCAUUCAACAGGAACUGGUUGACUUGGGAAGACUAAUUCCAGAAACCGAUGCUGGAAAUGCCUUGCGUGCCUCAUUGCAGGAGCUGGCAGCUACGCAUAAAAGGAAUAUCGAGGGACUGAAGGGGAAGGUCAGAGAGGACGAGCAAAGACGAAGAUUGAAGGAGACUGAGAAAGAAGUUUAUGAGCUCUUGAAACAAAUUCGAGAACUCAAGGUGCCAUUCGGGAGGCGGCUGAAGAAUUUGUUCGGUCUUAGUUAGCACGAAUCCUUGCGUUUUUUUCGUAAUCUCAUGUUAUCAAUACCGUGACUAGUAGCACUGGUAUAUUUAUUAUUUAUUACACACAAUGACUCACUGUUUACACAUAUAGGAUCAUCAACGUUUAAUUACUAAUACCGCCCGCGUCCGCAGAAACGUUGUUGGCGUUCUGGGGUCGACCGGUCGAUCGUGCAUUGUGUGAGGUGCCGGUUGCUCAGGCCUGCAGGAACGCUCAAAAGGAACGGCACCACAUGUUCAGCCGAGCGGGUCUCCACCAGUUCACUGAUAAUGAUUAAUAUUGGCAUUAUCUUGCA